UCUUCCUGCGGGAGCCGCGCAGUUACCGCCAUGGCGCCGCGCCGGCUGGCCGCACCGGUGCCCGGCGCCGCUCUUCUCCUCCUGCCGCUGCUGCUGGUAGCGGCGAGCGCGGGACUGAGCGGCUACUUCGGCACCAAGUCCCGCUAUGAGGAGGUGAACCCGCACCUGGUGCGCGACCCGCUGUCGCUGGGCCCCGCCGCGGCCGGGUCGCGGCUGCCCGCCGCCUGCGCACCGCUGCAGCUCCGCGCCGUGCUCCGCCACGGCACCCGCUACCCCACGACCGGGCAGAUCCGCCGUCUGGGAGAGCUGCACGCCCGUCUUCUCCGCCGGCCAGCCGCCGCCGCGGCCUGCCCCGCCGCCGCCGACCUGGCUGCCUGGCGGAUGUGGUACGAGGAGAGCCUCGACGGGCGGCUGGCGCCGCAGGGCCGGCGCGACAUGGAGUACCUGGCCCGCCGCUUGGCCGCCCGCUUCCCCGCUCUCUUCGCCGCCCGCCGCCGCCUGGUGCUGGCCAGCAGCUCCAAGCACCGCUGUCUGCAGAGCGGCGCCGCCUUCCGCAGCGGGCUCGGGCCGUCCCUCAGCCUCGACAGCGACGAGGAAGAAGUUGAAGUUAAUGAUUCCUUGAUGCGUUUUUUUGAUCACUGCGCCAAGUUUGUAGCCUUGGUGGAGGAGAACGACACGGCGAUGUGCCAGGUGAAUGCCUUCAAAGAGGGGCCAGAGAUGAGGAAGGUCUUGGAGAAGGUCGCGAGUGCCUUGUGUUUGCCGGUGGAGGACAUAAACGCAGAUCUUGUUCAAGUGGCUUUUCUCACCUGCUCAUAUGAGUUGGCUAUAAAAAAUGUGACCUCCCCAUGGUGUUCACUCUUCAGUGAAGAAGAUGCCAAGGUACUGGAAUACCUGAAUGAUCUGAAGCAAUACUGGAAGAGGGGAUAUGGCUAUGACAUCAAUAGUCGCUCUAGCUGCAUUUUAUUCCAAGAUAUCUUCCAGCAUUUGGACAAAGCGGUGGAAGAGAGCAAAAGUUCAAAACCCAUUUCUUCACCUCUGAUUAUACAAGUUGGACAUGCAGAGACACUUCAGCCAUUGCUUGCCCUUAUGGGUUUCUUCAAAGAUGAUGAACCCCUCAAGGCAAACAAUUACAUCAGACAAACGCAUCGGAAAUUUCGCAGUGGCCGGAUUGUGCCUUAUGCAGCCAACCUGGUAUUUGUGCUUUACCACUGUGAUCAAGUGAAAACCUCUAAAGAAGAAUUCCAAGUGCAGAUGCUGUUGAAUGAAAAACCGAUGUUGUUUCAUCACUCAAACGAAACCACCUCUACUUAUGCAGACCUCAAGGACUAUUACAAGGACAUCCUGGAAAACUGCCACUUCAAAGAAGAGUGCGAAUUACCAAAAGUUAAUAUUACUGCUAUUGACGAGCUUUGAGGGAAUGAAAUGGAGUGAGUGUUCUGCAAAUUGAUCUUGGUUCUGUUGGACAGAUGUUGUGAACAAGCACUUUUGAUGACUUGCUGCUGCUGUGCUAACUUUAUAAACUUGCAGAUUUGAUGGGUUGUCUCAGCUCAAUGCACUGUUAAUUUAUUACAUAAGCAGAAUUACAUAAACGCUGUAACAGGGAUGUUGAGCAUUUGUAACAUAUGUGCUGCAAGAGGAAGUGUAUUUGUAUGUUUAUAUGAAUGAAUACGUAAUUUCAUUGGUCAUUUCUCUUACAAAUGUUCUGUAGCUGGACUUAAGAGCUGGGGCAACUUCUGUUGUCGGAGCUGAAGGUGGUUGCACUGAUUCAGUAUUGCUUUGUGCUGCCUGUUUUGCUAGCUACUGUUUUCCUGUGGCAGGCAUGAGAUAACUCAAACCUGUGCGCUUUUUUGCUCCUUUUCCUGAGCUUCUAGGAGGGACACUGUACAUAAUCCUUCUCCACAGCUGCCCAGCUUCUGCCUGGAAUGCACCAUGAGAACAUCUGUUUCUUGGGCAUUUAAAACAGGAGUUGCAAUGUUCCUGCAUGCAUUACCUGCCUGAAAAGGGUCAAGGAGUUAAGUCUUAAAAGUCGUCAUCAUCAACCCAUCCUGCAUAGCAAGUUAGCCUCCAGGGUAAGUAAACUAUCUUUAAAAAGAAGUAGAAAAAGGAAAAGGAGAAGGCAAAAAAAAUAGAAAAACAAGGGGAAGUAGCCACUCUUCCAUUAAGGUGCUCUGGUUGGUGCAGCAGUUGUUCUCUAAGUAAUCUGGUGAGUUCUUUCACACCAUCAAUUUCUAGUGUUAAAGAUUAGGGCUAGGGCAUUUAGGUUAGGCUCUGCUAUGGCUAUGAAAGUCUUGGUCCUGUCCAGAUGCUGACAGUUUUUCUAGCAGCUCUGGUUGGAAGGGACCUCUGCAGGUCUCCAGUCCAGCCUCCUGCCUGAAAUGAGAUUGUUGCUCACCCUAAAUCCAGGCAGGUUUUGGACUGUAAAAAGUAUCUGGCUGAGACUUGACUUCUGCUAGCUGUAAAGCACCAAAUGCGGUGUCAGUUACGUAGGCCUUACACAUUUGGUGUGCCACUGUGUUCUUGAAGCUGGUUUUGAAGAAGUCAGUUGCAUACAAAUACUGGUAAUAGUUUAAAGCAACUGCACGUAAAAUAUGACACUUGCUACUGAAAGUUGGAAAGCAUUUUAGAGCUCUGCAGUGUGGCAGAAAAAGGAAGAAUGAAGGUAAUUGUCCAGAAAUGUGUGAAAUGUAGUAAGCUGGAUAAAAAUUCCUUCAUUGCCCAGAAGGAAAUGGCUAUGUGAACAAGUUGUCCCAAAGCAAAUGAGGGUGUAGAUUUAUGGUGCUGGUAGCACUUAAGUGUGUACUUAAUGCUCUGUAACGAGUGUUCCAUAGUUCACCCCAUGAAGUGAGGUAUAGUUUGCUGUGUUUACUGGGGAGGGGGUGAAAGGUUGGUAUAAGCAGUUACCACAGGGUGUCAGGUGCACUGAAACGCCGAUAGCCGCAUUUGCUGCAGGGUAUAUAUAUACAGGGUAUAUAACAUUUUGGUUUGUAGGCCCACCUUCAGAACUGGGAACUUAACUGCUACAAAAACAAAACCAGGAAAGAGAGAGCUGAGGAGUUAAACUUGGUGUAUAAUUUUUUUAUUUUUCUUAGAGGACUUAGACUUUUGUCACUUUUUUUUUAAUAGGGCUUGUAUAAAAGCACUUAAGGCUUACAUAUCUGUAAGUUAAGGAGCAAUCGAAAACCUGGGUUUUACUGUUGUACUCUGAGUUAAGGGCUUUUCCCGACAUUGGGACAUAGGGGCCCUGUUUCACUAGCACACUGAUUUCUGUGGAGGCCAAGGUUCUGAUCACUGAAGAUAUGAUUAAAACUGGUGGAUAUUUCAGCAUUAACAUUCCAGUGAAAUACUUGCCUGUGUUAGCUUUGCAGCUCUUUGUCUGAAACAGGUGAAAUGGUUUGGGAGAAGUAUUGAUGCUGAAACAAAUGUAGGAAUAUAGGACAGAUAACUGUCAGCCCCGGCAUAUGACUUACUGCUUUAUCAGUUUUGCACGUCUCCUUUUUUACAUGAUCCUAUCUUGAGACUAAGUCAACUGAUAGUAAUUUCUGUGACAGAUGCCUGCUACAAACUUUGUUGCAACAUUUGAGGCAAGCUACAAAGAAAUGAACCUUUGUUGAAAUGCAGUUAACUUUGGUAAAUAGCAGAUAAAAGAGUGAGAAAAUCCACCUUUGAACAAAUAUUUUUUUCUGUAAAUCUGUCUUCUGUGAUGAUUCAUUAUUUGAACAGAAGGGUGAAAGCCUGACUACUGGAGAUGAAUGGAAGAUUUCUGUUGUCAGUUCAGUGAGACUGAUUCUAGGACAUUAUGUUUACUUGAAGGAUAUAUCCUUCUUCCUUAUGGAGGAGGAUUAUGCUGCACUUGACUAUUUUUUUUGAUCAUGUGCCAUACCAGGUGGAGGAACCAAAGAAUUCCUUCUACAGUGAAGUACCAUUUGCUUCUGUAUUACCAAUUUGAUUGUGUGCUUAAAUGCUGUGCAAAGGGCUUCAAGGAUGACUCCAGAGGCUGUUUCCUAUUUUGCCUUGGAGUACAGGUCCACCAUACCUCCAGCAUAACAGAUAUAUCUUCAGUGGCUGUCAGCAAUUAACUGAAAAUUAAAACAUGCUAUUUGGUUUCUGAUACGUAUUUAAAGGAUGUGGUGACUCACUCCUUUAGCAGAAUUAGAGGCUCAGUGUGGAAAUGUAGAAUUGUAGCAAUGUAAGUGUUUGGUCAUGUUUCAGGCACUUGUUCAUAUGACUGAUUCUUACCAUUAGGGAGGUGACUUCACUAUGACCCUUUUAUUUAGUAAGUGUAUAAAUUUGCUUAUAUGCUACAGAGGAAAACUAAAAUGGAUUGAAAUAUUUCCAUAAAGUUGGGCGCUGAGUCAGUGAGCAGUAUUUGAACAAGCUGCCAUAUUCAUGGCAUUGCAGAUUACCACAUCCUGAAUAAGUCCUGCAAGAAAAAUAAUGCUUUCUCUUCCUUCAUAUGGCUCUGGACAAAACACCUCAUCUCAGUCAUCUAUCGGGGACUUUGCAACCUUUCUCAAACUGGAAGCUUUCAUUGAUGAAAAAUACCCACAGUGUUCUUGGAUGCUGGCCUUAAAUACCUUUGAAAUUUAUUUUAUUUUGUUAAAUGUCUGAAGCUUAACUAAUCUUUCUGACAAAUUCAUUUUUUUUUUUCCUUCUUGUAAAUACUGCUACUGUAAUUCUGGUUAGCAUUGAGUUGUCAAAUCGCUGGAUGCAAUGCAGCUUUGUAAUAAUACGGUACUAACGGGAUGAAUUUGAGAACAUGUUUUGGAUUUUUAGUGCUGUGAAAUAAAACUGCACACUUUCUUCA